ACUGCCAUUACUUUCCAUAACAGGCAGACUGCGUUAGAGGCUGAGGCUCCUUGUGCUCCACACAGUUGAGCAGGGUGGCAGGGAUUUUUACACUCAAGACCUCUUUCCCUCAGCCAGCUUCAAGUCCGGCACCAUGGCACAACCAGCUCCCACUCACCCCACCAAGAUGGGAGAGGGUCGGGCGAUUGCCGUGCUGACAUCUGGAGGAGAUGCCCAGGGUAUGAAUGCAGCUGUACGGGCUACAGUUCGAGUUGGACUUUACACUGGAGCCAAGGUUUAUUUUGUCCAUGAGGGUUACCAGGGUCUGGUGGAUGGAGGUGACAAUAUCCGCCUUGCUACUUGGGAGAGUGUGUCAAUGAUGCUACAGCUGGGUGGGACUGUGAUCGGUAGUGCCCGCUGCCAGGAUUUCCGCACCAAGGAGGGCCGCACCAAGGCUGCCUGCAACUUAGUCAAGCUGGGCAUCACUAACCUCUGUGUGAUUGGUGGAGAUGGCAGUCUGACAGGCGCCAACCAGUUCAGAACAGAGUGGAGUGAGCUGCUGGCAGAUCUGGUCAAAGCCGGGAAGAUCACAGUCAACGAGGCCAAGUGUUCCUCUCACCUCAACAUAGUCGGCAUGGUGGGCUCCAUUGACAAUGACUUCUGUGGCACUGACAUGACCAUUGGCACGGACUCUGCCCUGCACCGCAUCAUAGAGAUAGUGGAUGCCAUCACCACCACAGCACAGAGUCACCAGAGGACUUUCAUCCUGGAGGUGAUGGGCAGACACUGUGGUUACCUGGCUUUAGUGACAGCUCUGGCCUGUGGCGCUGACUGGGUGUUCAUCCCUGAGAUGCCUCCAGAUGAUGAAUGGGAGGAGCAUCUCUGCAGGAGACUGAGAGACCAAAGAAGUCGUGGCUCUCGUUUGAACGUCAUCAUUGUGGCAGAGGGAGCGAUGGACCGCAGUGGAAAGCCUAUCACCUGUGAGAAUGUCAAAGAGCUGGUAUCAAAGAGGCUCGGCUUCGACACUCGUACGACCAUCCUUGGGCACGUACAAAGAGGUGGAACCCCCUCUGCCUUUGACAGGAUCUUGGCGAGCAGGAUGGGAGUAGAGGCUGUGAUGGCUCUGCUGGAGGCCACACCAGCCACUCCUGCAUGUGUGGUCAGCUUGACUGGGAACAUGGCUGUCAGGCUGCCUCUCAUGGAGUGUGUGCAAGUGACUAAAGACGUCACCACAGCCAUGUCCGAAGGAAGGUUUGACGAUGCUGUGAAGCUCAGGGGAAAGAGCUUUGAAAACAACUGGAACACUUACAAAAUGCUGGCUCAUCUGCACCCCCCAGACACAAAGAGUAAUAUCAACAUUGCCGUUCUGAACGUGGGAGCUCCGUGUGCUGGGAUGAAUGCUGCAGUCCGUUCAGCUGUCAGGAUCGGGCUUCUGCAGGGCCACCAGAUGUUGGCAGUGCACGAUGGUUUCGAUGGCUUGGCUCAUGGGAUGAUUGAGCCCCUUGGAUGGUCUGGAGUGGCAGGAUGGACAGGAAAGGGGGGCUCCAUGCUGGGAACUAAGAGAUCCCUUCCAAACGAGUUCAUGGAGGAGAUCAGUCUGAGCAUCACUAAGUUCAACAUUCAUGCUCUAAUCAUUAUUGGAGGCUUUGAGGCGUUUAUUGGAGGUCUGGAGAUAGUGCAGGCUCGAGAGAAGUAUGAGGAGCUGUGCAUUCCCCUUGUCGUCAUUCCUGCUACUGUCUCCAACAAUGUUCCUGGAUCUGACUUCAGUGUCGGCACUGACACUGCCCUCAACACCAUAACCAUGACAUGUGACAGGAUCAAACAAUCUGCUGCUGGCACCAAGAGGAGAGUGUUUAUAGUUGAGACUAUGGGAGGAUACUGUGGCUACCUGGCAACCAUGGCGGGCCUGGCAUCUGGGGCUGACGCUGCCUACAUCUAUGAGGAUCCUUUCAACAUCCAUGACCUAGAGGUGAACGUGGAACAUCUGGUGGAGAAGAUGAAGACCACGGUGAAGAGAGGGCUGAUUCUUAGAAAUGAGAAUAGCAACGCCAACUACACCACAGAUUUUAUCUUCAACCUGUACUCAGAGGAGGGCAAGGGUGUGUUCGACUGCAGAAAGAAUGUACUCGGACAUAUGCAGCAGGGUGGAACGCCUAGUCCUUUUGACAGGAAUUUUGGCACAAAGAUGGGCAUCAAGUCUGUCCUUUGGUUGACUGACAAGCUGAAGGAAUGCUACAGACAUGGUCGCAUCUUCGCGAACACUUCAGAUUCAGCUUGUGUGCUGGGCAUGAGGAAGAGAUGUUUGGUCUUCCAGCCUCUGGCAGAACUUAAAGAACACACUGACUUUGAACACCGUAUUCCAAAGGUACAGUGGUGGUUAAAGCUGAGGCCCAUCCUGAAAAUUCUGGCCAAGUACAAGAUCAACCUGGACACCUCUGAAAAGACUGCGAUGGAACAUGUCAUUAAGAAAAGAGGCCUAGUUGCUUAGAAGCCUUUAUUCUCGACCUGACACCACAUGUCUGUUUUCUUUUUGAAGCAACCCUUUCUUUGAAAAGUGCAAUAUGAAUAAAGACGAGCAAGUCCCACAAUAAACACUCAAAAGUCACACGA